AUGGCGAAGGCUUCUAAUACUUCCGUAGUUCUCCUAAUGCUGCUCAUCGCAGCAUGGAGGACGACGCCGGUGCUGUCCCAUGCCAAGCCCAGCAAGCCAGCGGCCGAGCCGGAGCUGGAAUACGGGCCCCGGGCGAAGGCGACACCAAGCGCGGCAGUUACCAAUAAGGGAGGACCGGUACAUCCCAGCAACCAGGCAGCCGCUGACGCUGCGAUCCUGCUCAGGGCCAAGGAAGAAAUGGCAAAGCGCAUGGUGAAGCACAUAGAGAUCAUCAUCAACAGCGUGAAGCUCGUGGUCCAGCUGAAGGCGGCGCUGCUGAUUAAGUCAGCGGAGUUCAUGAGCGCCAUGGCCGGCGAGGUCUCGAUGCACCUCACCAAGGUUGCCCAGGCACACGCCCAGGUCGCCGCGGCCGACUGCGUGGCGGCGCUCAAGAUUCAGCAGGACAUCCUGAGGAAGGCCUCGGAAAGCUGCAAGGCUAUCUCCCAUGAUGUUGCGAUGACACACAAAGCGAGGCAAGAGAUGUUGAAGGGCGUGGCGCACGACCUUGUUAAAGCUGCAGGAGACAUAGCCGCCAGCAUGAGAAUCAUGGCUGAAGCUGCAGCUGGCGCUAACAUUGGUGCUGGUGCCGGUGUUGGUACGUCCGGAGGUGCUAAAAUUGGUGCUGGAGUAGGAGGAAGCGUUGGUGGGAGUGGUAAAGCCAAUGCCGGUGCUGGCGCUGGCGCUGGCGCCGGUGCUGGUGCUAGUGCUGAUGCUAACAUUGGUGCCGGUAUUGGUGCUGGUGUUGGUAUAUCUGGAGGCGCUAAAAUUGGUGGGGGCAUUGGAGGAGCUGUUGGUGGGAGUGGCAAUGCCAACGCCGGAGCUGGUGCAGGAAUUGGUGCAAGUGGCAAUGUCGCGAAAUCUGUUGAAGUUGGUGGGGACAUCGGCGGGAAUGCUAAUGCCGGAGUUGGUGCUGGCAUAGGCUUCUCCAAAAGCGCAACAAUUGGUGGUGCUGUAGGAGGAAAUGUUGGUGGCAGUGCCGGUGUUGGUGGUGGUAUUGGCAGGAAUGCUGGCGGAAGUGGCAGCGCUAAUGCUGGUGUUGGAAUUGGUGCAAAUGCUGGUAUUGGUGUAUCCGGAGGUGCUAAAGUUGGUGGAAGUGUUGGUGGUGGUAUUGGAGGAAAUGUUGGUGGGAGUGGCAAUGCCGGUGCCGGUGCCGGUGCUAGUGCAGGAAUUGGUGCAAAUGCCGGUAUUGGUGCGGGUAUCGGUUUCUCAGGAGGUGCUAAAGCUGGUGGGGGUGUUGGUGGCGGUAUUGGAGGAAAUGCUGGCGGGAGUGGCAAUGCUAAUGCUGGUGCCGGAAUUGGUGCAAAUGCUGGUAUUGGUGCAGGUAUCGGUGUUUCAGGAGGUGCUAAAGUUGCUGGGGGUGUUGGAGGAAACAUAGCUGGUAGCGGUAAUGCCAACACGAACGCUGGCACUAGUGUUGGUGUGGGUAUUUCCAAAAGUGCUACAGUCGGUGGUGUUAUUGGAGGAAAUGCUGGUGGAAGUGGCAAUGCCAAUAUCGAUGCCAAUGCCGGUAUUGGUGCAAAUGCGGGUGCUGGUGUCUCUGGAGGUGCCAAAAUUGACGGUGGUGUCGGAGGAAAAGCAGGAGGGAGCGGCGAUGAAUACACCGGUGGCAGCGGCAGCACAAGUGCUGGUGUGGCAGCUGGUGGAUCUGGAGGUGCUAAAAUUGGCAGUGGUGUUGGAGGAAAUGCAGGAGGGAGUGGCAAUGCCUACACCGGUACCAGUGGCACCACAAGUGCUGGUGUGGCAGCUAGUGGAUCGGGAGGUACCAAAAUUGGCGGUGGCAUCGGAGGAAAUGCAGGAGGGAGUGGCGAUGCCUACACCGGCGGCAGUGGCAGCGGCAGCGCAAGUGCUGGUGCGGCAGCUGGUGGAUCCGGCGGUGCCAAAAUUAGCGGUGGUGUCGGAGGAAAUGCUGGAGGAAGUGGUGAUGCCUACACUGGUGGCAGCGGUAGCGCAAGCGCUUCUGGUGGAGGCAAGGCUGCCGCUGGAGCUAGCAAGUCAUCAGGAGGCGGAGGGGAUUUUGGCUAUGGUUCAUCGUCGAAGGAGCUCUAG